UCACAAUAUUGAAAAAUCUAAAGUAAUUUUGCGAAAUAAGCUUCUCAACUUUCGAGAGGCAAUAUCUUUACUCAAGACUUCACCUCAACGAGAAUUAUCUGAUACGGCCAAUUCUAGAAGUUACGUCUUGUUGAAAUAUUAGAUUAAUAACGCAGCUAUUACGGUUUUCGAUUAGUACGGAUAAAUACAGGCGUUCUCGAUGCACCAUGUGAUCGAUAUAUCAAAGGUCAAAUGCGAACGCCGUCAAAUGUUACGAAAAUUUGUCAAAAUACGGGAAAGAGGAACCAUCUAAGCAAAAGAUUCUUGUUUUCGUCAUCGUCCUAAUUCUCUCUCUCUCUCUCUCUCUCUGCUUUUUUUCCAUCCAUCUAUCUUGUUAGUCUUUCCUAUCUGUGUCCUGUCGGUCGAUAGUCUAGCGAGUAUACAAACUGCCACGGAGGUCUAACGGCAUAGAUCUAUAUGUAAAUUGCAAACAAUAUAUAUUAUCUGUCUUCUCCUACUAUAAAAAAUCUCUCUAUUAUUUUUAGUCAAGUUAAAUUGUGGCAUGACUUUCGUUCAAAAGUUAAUCCGCACAUGAUGCAACCACGAGCGAUUAAAGCGCAUGUCCGCAGAUUAGUGGUAUAAGCAAUGUUCGUGAAGAAGAUGCGAGCGUUGCGAGAUCCUCAAACCCUGGAGUUGCCGAUCGAUUUUAGAAACGAAUUGUAUAAAUGAGCUUUAGAAUGUAAGUAUAUAUGUGUAUACGAACCGCCGUAUAAUGAACCACCAGAUGUUUUAUAAAAAUCAAAAUAAAAAAAGAGAGAACCGCGCGAAAAUGCAAUAUAUACAUAAUAAUUCACAAACACAUAUACACACACACAUUUGUAACAAUAGAAUAAAUAAAAUAGUUUGUACUCUCAAUUCAAUACGAAACUCUCUAAAUUGAAGCGGAUGCGCAUUUUUAAACAAAAUAAUAAGGGUAGUUAAAAGUUAAAAAAAUUCAUCAUUUUAUAUUCUAAUAUAAAUCAUUCAUUAUAUAAUUAAUAACAAUAUGUUCGAUCGCGCUGGAUUGCCGACUAGGAUGCUUAAAGUCUAAUCUCGUCACAGAUUCGGAACCGCAAAUAAUGAUUAAUUGCGUGCACGACGUAUUCAAUCUCGUGUAUCGCUUGGAGAUUCUGCCGUCUCUAUGGAAGAUUUACAAUACGCGGAAUCUCAAGAAGUUCUUCCGUAUGCAAGAUACACUUAAUAGAAUAGCCAGUAAACACAUCGAACAGGCUAAGGCGAAGCUUCGCAAAACAGCGGACGAUGACACGAAUCUGCAUGACUAUAGUAUCCUGGAGAAACUUUUACGUCUUGACAAACAAACUGCUCAAGUAAUGGCGAUAGAUAUGUUGACGGCUGGUAUUGAUACGAUCGGUAACGCAGUCGGCGCUACGCUAUAUUAUAUCGCGAAUAAUCCAGAAAAACAGGAAAAAUUGCGCGAAGAAAUAAUGUCCCUGUUACCGGACAAAACAUUAUCCAUUACGUAUAAAGUACUAAAUCAGACAAGAUACACUAAAGCCUGCAGCAAGGAGUCUCUUCGACUGUUUUCUAUUUUUAUCGGCAAUCUCAAAACCAUGCAAACAGAUGUUUGGAUAGGAGGAUACAAAAUAUCAGCAGGAGUACGUGCUGUUAUAUUUUUUUGGUUUUUCUAAUUUUUAGUUAUAAAGUUUAUGAUUCUUUUUUCAUCGUUAUCUAAUGUCUGUGCAUAUUCAUAUUGGAAUAUUUAAGGAAUUUGAAGAUAACUUUGAAAGCUUUAUGAUGAAAAAAUUUAGAAAUG